AUUUUUAUUUUUUUAUUUGUCUUUCUCUCGAGCCUCGCGUUCGUUUUAAAGAGAGAGAAGUUGGUUUUUGAAUGAGAGAGAGAGAGAGAGAGAGAGAGCCGAUUUGAGAUAGAGAGAGAAACACAGCGAAUGCAAGCCUUCACCUGAAAGACGAAGCGAGACACAAGUCCCGAAGGUGUACAAUUUGCAGAGCAUUUUGGCCCGCCGGUGGAAAAUGACAGUGUUUUCCGGCAAGCAGGUUUUUCCGGUGGACUAUGAGGCCGUGGUUUCGCAACGCCUUCUCGAAGCUUCGCUCUCCGGCGAUCUGAAAUCGGUUCAGGAAUGUGUCGACGAUUCAUAUCUGGAUGUGAACUUCGUCGGCGCUGUUUGCCUCAGGUCGAGGAAGACGGAGGUGGUUUUGCGCGACGAAUCGCCGAGUGAAGUUCGUGUGGAGUACGAAGAGUUUAAGACAGAUGUUACGGCUCUUUUCGCCGCUGUUCAUGCUGGAAAUGCUGCUUUCGUGAAGAAGUUGCUGAGCAUUGGUGCUGAUGUCAAUCAGAAACUCUUCAGGGGCUUUGCGACAACAGCAGCAGUGAGGGAGGGCCACCAUGAGAUUCUUGAAAUCUUGAUUAAAGCUGGGGCAUCUCAGCCAGCUUGUGAGGAAGCUUUGUUGGAGGCAAGCUGUCAUGGACAUGCUAGGUUUGCGGAGUUGCUUAUGUCUUCAGAUUUAAUCCGGCCCCAUGUUGCCGUACAUGCUCUUGUCACGGCAUGCUGCAGGGGUCUUGUUGAUUUCGUGGACACUCUCAUCAAGUGUGGUGUAGAUGCAAGUUCACCUGAUAGGAUGUUGCUUCUGUCAUCUAAGCCUUCUCUGCACACAAAUGUUGACUGUACUGCCCUGGUUGCCGCAAUUGUUAAUAGGCAGGUCUCAGUUGUCCGUUUGCUCUUACAGGCUGGUGCUAGGACAGACAUCAAAGUGAGGCUGGGAGCAUGGUCAUGGGACACAUCUACUGGGGAAGAGUUACGUGUAGGUGCGGGUCUGGCAGAGCCAUAUUCUGUCUCCUGGUGUGCAGUGGAGUAUUUUGAAAGCAGUGGUGCGAUAUUACGAAUGCUCUUACAGAAGCUUUCCCUCCAUACCCCUCAUUGUGGAAGAACCCUCCUGCACCAUGCCAUCUUAUGUGGCAAUGCAGGAGCUGUCAAAGUUCUUUUAGAUUGUGGUGCUGAUGUAGAAUCCCCUGUCACAACAAAUGGGAAAACCAUGUGUCGCCCAAUUCACAUGGCUGCUCGCCUUGGAUUAUCAAGGAUCCUUCAAUGCCUGAUCGGUUCUGGUUGUAAUAUAGACUCCAAGACGGAUACUGGUGAGACAGCUCUUAUGCUUUGUGCAAAACAUAGGCAAGAAGACUGUCUCCGAGCAUUGGCCAUGGCUGGUGCUGAUUUUGGCUUGGUUAAUGUUGCAACACAGUCUGUAAGGUCAAUUGCUGAGUCAAAUCAGUGGUCCCUUGGUUUUCAGCAAGUUGUGGUAGAUGUAAUAAGAGCUGGAAAGCUACCCAGAUCCAGCAACUCUUCAGUUUUUUGUCCUCUAAUGUUUGUGGCUCAAGCUGGUGAUAUAGAAGCCUUAAAAGCUGUAAUAACUUGGGGAGGUUUCAAUGUUGAUUAUCAGGACGAUAAUGGUUUCUCACCUGCCAUGAUUACUGCUUUGAAAGGACAUGUUGAAGCAUUCCGCUUGCUGGUCUAUGCUGGGGCUGAUGUAAAGCUGUGUAACAAAUCUGGUGAUACUGCAAUCACCCUUUCACAAGCAAACAACAAUCAUGACCUCUUUGAAAAGGUAAUGCUUGAAUUUGCACUUGAAAAGGGUAACCGCAAUUCCAAAGGGUUCUAUGCAUUACACUGUGCAGCUCGUCGGGGGGAUCAAGAUGCAGUCAAGUUGUUAACAAGUAGAGGAUAUGAUGUGAAUGUCCGUGAUGGGGAUGGUUAUACCCCACUGAUGUUAGCAGCUAGGGAAGGCCAUGGUACCAUAUGCGAACUCUUGAUCUGCCAUGGAGCUGAUAUUAAUUUCAAGAAUGCUAGAGGUGAAACAGCGCUUUCACUUGCUCGGAAAAAUGGCAGUAUGAAAAAUGAUGCAGAGCGUGUUAUACUAAAUAAACUUGCUUGCAAUCUGGUAAUUGGUGGUGCCAAUGUUCGGAAGCACACAAAGGGAGGGAAGGGAAGUCCUCAUGAGAAAGUUAUGAAAAUGAUGGGAGGUGUAGGGGUGUUGCACUGGGGUAAAUCUAGCCGAAGAAAUGUGAUAUGCCGAGAGGCAGAGGUGGGGCCAAGCCCAGCCUUUCGUAGGAAUAGGCAGCACAAGGGUGAUGCCGAUGAACCCGGAGUAUUUAGGGUGGUGACUAACAGGAACAGGGAAGUGCACUUUGUGUGUGAGGGUGGUCUUGAGACUGCAGAGCUGUGGGUGAGGGGUAUUAAGCUUGUGACAGAAGAAGCUAUUUUGAGUAACAAGCAGAGGGAAACAUGAAAGGUUGACAACUUGUCAAUGGAAGUAGGGAUGUAUAGAUGGAUGGAGUACUUCAUCUUGAAGUACUUAGAAUCAGUUUGCUGUCAUUGUAAAGGUUUUGAUCCCCGCAGUAGCUGUAAAUGUAUUCUCAUUUAAGGGAAAAAGGAAAUCGAUAAAUCCAGUAGCUUUUUGUUUGUUUGUUUGAUUUA